AAAAGUUUACUUACAGUACAUAAUAUUUCGUAUAAUUUUUCUUUCGCGAUGGCUGCUGAAUUCAAAAUUAAGAAAAAGCCCACUUUCAGGAGUAUUUUGCUGCAUAUUAAGAAAAAUUUGACUAAAGAGGAUCGAAAGGAUUUGGUGUAUUUAAAACAAUUACCCAAGAAGGAUACAGAAGAAUGUGAGCAAGAUUUCUACCAUUUUCUUGAUUACAUGUCGAACAGACCAAACGAUUUUGGUUAUGGCGAGGACGAUCCAUGGGAACUGUUUGAAGACCUGAAUGAGAUUGGACGUCAGGAUAUAUGCAACACAGUCAUGCAGAAGUAUGAAGAGCUUAAACAGUACAAGGAUUCUCAGACAAGAAGCCAGGGACAAGGAUCUACAAGCCCUUCUGGAUCAGGAACUCCUGCUCCAAACCCGCCGUCUCCUGGAUCACCUGUUGUGGGUAGUAAUAUUAGCCAAGGUCCUAUUCCAUCCCCAAGCACACCCCAAGGUCAGCCUUCUGCAUAUUAUCCAGUCUCUCCACCACACAACAGCCCAAGAUAUCAUCAAGGUGGUACUUCACCUAGAGCAACAGCUUAUGAACCACCAUGCAAAGUCCCUGGCUCACAGUUUCAGGGUUCAACACCGGCAGCUUCACCUACCACUUCACCUGGAGCAACAGCUUAUGAACCACCAUGCAAAGUCCCUGGCUCACAGUUUCAGGGUUCAACACCGGCAGCUUCCCCUACCACUUCACCGGGAGCAACAGCUUAUGAACCACCAUGCAAAGUCCCUGGCUCACAGUUUCAGGGUUCAACACCGGAAGCUUUCCCUACCACUGGAAACCUACAACAGAGCUCAGCAUUAAGCCCAAAUCCUGGCGCUGGUACUACUUCAAGUCAUGGAUUAACGAGCACAGAGACAUUACCACCAAUGCUAAGCAAUGUCGUCCAAAUGCAAGGUUUACCCAGUGACCAGUCAUCUGCUGGAGUGGUCCAUGCCAACAUUUGUCAAGAUAUCAGUUCAGUUAGUUUACCGAGAUCUCUAAAAAGCAAGAAACCUGUGGGUAAUUCUGCGGCUGUUGAUCAUGGCUUGAAGAGCUCAGAGCCACUCCGAACAGUGCAAAGUAAUAUGGUACCAGGGCAAGGUGAGCCUGCUUCAGCUACCCCUACUCAUCUGUCUCCUGCUUACUCAAACUCGCUCAUCAGUACAGCAUCACCACUUAUAAGCAACGAUCCAUCUGGAAUUGGCCAUUUAGGUAAUGCUAAUGCUGAGCAGCUUCCACAUUCCAGUUCAGGAUCGCUGAUGAGUUCAGCAAGAUCCUUGCGCACUAGCGAUGAACAAGCAGCUUCACAGAUACAAGUUCAAACACAAGCUUCAUCCCUGGAGGCUGCUGGUAACAUCAAACACACCCUAGAACAUGCGAUCCAACCAUCCUCAACACCUGAUCAUCUAAGGGAUGUUAUCCAAGGACUUGUCUAUCUCAGUCUCAGUGAGGCAGAGGAGAUUGCAUCAAGGGUUAAGAGUAAUCCACACCAACAGCAGCCGGUCAUUGGUGAAGGCGACACGGUAAGAGAUUGUGCAAAUGCACCUUCUGGAGCAGAUGAUCUCUCAGCAGAUGUUGUCAAAGACUCUGCAUCAGAUCAAGAGCAAGUUGGUGAAACUGCAGCAGGGGCACGUGCUUCUUCCAUUCUUGACUUCCCUCAACCUCGAACAGACAAGGAGGAUCCAAAACCAUUGAGAGGCUACCAGGUGGAAUUAGCUGACCCAGGACUCCAAGGUGUCAACUAUGUAAUCUGUGCUCCAACGGGGUCAGGAAAGACCAUCACCGCAGCUCACAUUUGCUACAAAAAUAUGAUGAAAAUGAAGGAAGCUGGCAAAGAAGAUGAUUUCAAAGCCAUCUUCAUUGUUCCUACAAGGCACUUGAAGAAGCAGCAGCGAGAUGGCUUCCAAGAUGUAUUCGUUCCAGGACAGGUUACAUCACUUGCAGAAGGGCAGAUGUUCCGUGAUGCCUUUAAGAAAGGCAAUGUUAGAGUCUUGAUGAUAACUUCCCAGGUGCUAGUGAAUGCCCUGACCCAGAAUGAAUUCAAGCUACCUGAAGUGUCUAUGCUGAUAUUUGAUGAAUGUCACCACACCACCCUGAACCAUCCUUACAAUGAAAUCAUGAGACAUUACCUGAGGGAGAAGAAAGCUGUUCUAGUUCAGCAAGGAAUACCUGAAGAGCAGUGGCCUGUAGGACGUCCCCAAGGAAGAAUACCUCAGGUGGUUGGGCUAACUGCAUCGGUUGGUACUGGCACUUCUGAUGAUGCACAUGGUCACAUUGUUACGCUAUGUGCAAACUUGGAUAGCUCUGAAGUCAAGAUUGUCACCGAGCCACACAAUGUACAAGAACUGAAGAAAUACAACAAGCCACCAGAACAGGAUCAAAUACUUGCACUCCCUAAGAAAGAGUCGACCCCAGAAAGUUCCCGUUUUAUUGAGAUCCUGAAAACCAUCAUGGAAGAGAUUGAGCAGAAAGUCCUAGCCAAGCACCAGGACGACCAUGAAGACAUCACUUUCUCCUCCCCAGAAAAUGGAACUCAAGUGUACGAGAACUGGAUUGCCAAGAUUCGUGCCGAUGCAGAGCUUUGCUUCCCCAACCUUGAAAUCUGUGCCAAUUAUCUGUUCCGUCUAAACCUAGCCCUACUGCUGUACGAGGAUUUACGCGCCACAGAUGCACUAGACUUUAUUGAGAACUUCAAGCUACAGAUAAAGGAUGAAUUAAGGGAUGGGCGGGACUGCAGGAUGAUCUAUGAGGAGAAUUUGCAGGAACUGAAGGAACUAGCUAGUAAGGAGAAUCCGUUGUCCAAUCCCAAGUUACUCUGUCUACAUGAGAUGAUCAAGAGGGUGUAUAGCAAGGAACCUGAAUCAAAAGGGAUUGUGCUAGCAAGGACCCGUUUUGCAACGCAUGCCUUGCUGAAAUUCAUCAAUGAGUGUGAUGAACUGAAGAAACUCAAACCUCCAAUUCAGCCAGUCCGAAUAGUUGGACAGAGCGGAGAUAUUGAUCCAGGACUAACACUGGCAAGACAAGAAGCUGCGUUGAAUGACUUCAAAAGCGAUCAAGCUAACCUCCUUGUGGCCACUGAUAUCGUCCAGGAAGGUCUGGAUAUUCCUGCUUGCAAUGUAAUCAUCAGGUACAACUUUGUCAGCAAUGAGAUUGGAACGGUGCAAUCAAAGGGACGAGCAAGAAAAGAAGGAUCCAAAUGCUUCCUCAUCGUUGAAGACAAAUCAGCAAACAAAGAAAGAGAACGGAAGAACAGAAAGAGGGUUGAGCAGAUGGAUAAAGCGAUUCAUGAUGCAAACGACUUACCAAAACAUGUGUGGCAUCAGGAAGUACGUCAGAGGCAGCUGACCAUCAUCAAGGAUAUUGAGGAGAAAGAAGAAAUGAAGAGAAUUCAUCAAGCGGAGAGCCAGCGAGUAGAUGUCAAGCUUCUGUGCCGCGGCAAUAACUGUGGGAAAUACAUUUGCAAAUCAUCUGACCUGGAGAGGAGACUAUUGAACUACACCUGUCUCGACCCCACUAUCGCUGACAGGACAUGCAAUGUUCGCACCGUUUGUGACACUUUUAGAGAGUCCAGAACAAUCGGCUUUGUAAAAUGCCUCCACUGUGAUAACCAGCUUGGACAAUUCUUGGAGUUCAAGCGUCUGGAUGUAUGGGAACCUGGAUAUAACCUGAGCCCAAAGAGCUUCUUCUUCAUGUACAAUGAUGACCCAAACAGCAAGCGAGUCUUUGCCAAGUGGAAGAAGGUGGAUUUUCAUAUUGCUUCCGAGGAGCAGUAAGCAAGGGGUUGAUCCUUAAAUUGGACACUCUUGCUAAGCCCAGAAAAUUGAUAAAGACAUUUUUUAAACUUAAAUGUAAAUUUAAGUACGAUUAGACUAACAUUGCAUGCAUGUUUUCCAUCAUGACUCAAAUUAAUAUCAGGUAAAUAUAUUUGCAAUAAAAAGGAAUAUGAAUUAGUGUUGGAAUAGAUACCCUGAUUAUGUCUAGUGGAAAACAGAAUAAGUGAUGUAUACUCCCUGCCCCCUCUUGAAUCUGUUGGUCUGAUCUGAGAAUGGCUAUGGGCAAUUACAGCUGUAUCUCAAUAUCAAAUAUAUAUUUUAUAAGGAUGUGAUUAUGGGUGCAAAGCAAUGCAAAUAUUUGUGAUUUAAAACAAAAAUCUAUGAUGGGGCAUAGCAAACUGGCCCCUGUGUUCCAUCUUGUCAAACAUAUUCCAAGGCAAAAUGAAAUACAGUUAUAAAACCUGCUUUAGUGACCACCUGUAUUGGUUAAUAGGAAUGUAUAGAAAUACCACCUGUCUAUAAAGACCACUUGUUGUGUUAAAGGGAAAAUAAGGGAAUACCAGGUAUACUAUAGUUAUUCUCAUUCAAGUAUGUACUAAAGGAACCUGUACAUACAGGCCAUCCUUACCAUAAUAACCAUCUUCUUGUCUCACCUGAUAGGUCUUUAUAUACAGGUUUCACUGUAUAUGAUAUACAUAUAAUGUUAAAUUGUGUAAUAUAACAUUAUAUUCAUCAUUGUCAUGCUUCUUUAUUUGCUUGUACAUGUAUGUAUCCAUUUUAAAUGCUAUUAAUGCUUGUAAUGACAAAAUGUACUAGUAUAGAUAUUGUAGGUGUAGCCUAAGGCAUGCAUGCUUCAGUAAUGAAUUUUUAUUUUGAAGGAACCCCCCCCCUUUUUUUUUUUACCACAUAGCCUCACAUCAAUGACCAAUCCAUCUUAGUGUACCGGUUGAUUUGUUGGUAGAACAGUUUACUUGUGGAUAAACCUACUAGCUAUUGAUAUGCUGCAUUUUUAGGCCCCUUGUAAUUUUAAAUUUUCAUCUUUAUUUUGUUUUGUUUGUUGCCAUUUUUAUAUCUCUGUUAUUUUGCAAAUACUAUAAUGACAUUAUCUUGUUGUAGUACUAACGGAAUAUGUAUCAGGAGAUAAUUCACAGCUUUUAUGAAAAUUGUACUACCUGCAGGAAAAUUUGUAGACAAAAAUUGACACAAAGUACUUAUUCCUUAGGUUUUAUUUUUGUAUUAAUUCAGAAUUUCUGUUGUUCAUAUUAGUGCUAGUUACAUGUGUGUUAAUUGUUGUAUAACGAACUGAAAUUGCAUGCUAUAUGCGAUGUUCAAGCUACGCUCACACACGGCCAACUAUCUACAGACAUUUAACUACUAUGGCUUGUUCUAAUGUAGAUUUGAGGUGACGGACACUAAUUUAAAAAAAAAUAGUUUUGAGAAUACCACUCUAGAUUGAUAAUCGGUGAAACUACAAUGUGUAUGUCUAGUGAAGGGGAGGGGUGUUUUCUGUAUCUUUUUCUUUUCCAUGAUGAUGCUGAGGAUAAUAAGAAACAUUUAGUUAUUAGAAGUAACGAUUUUUUUUUGCAUGAACUGUACUGUUGCAAGGACUGUAUCUGUAUUAAUUAAGCCUUUCAUGACAAUUAUUUCACAUUUUGUUUUUGGGUCAUACAUUUUUAACAGAGCCCUAAAAAAAUACCAGAUACACAAGUAUAAAGGGUAACUAUUUCUGCUCCUACUUCAUGCAAUUUAUGUUUCAUGACUAUAUUUCAUUUGAUGCUAGGAAUUUUAAAAAGAGAAAUAACUUUUAAAAUCCUUAAAUUUACAGCACAAUGAGAGAUUGGAAAUCUGUGUUUGUUUUUUGAUAAAAAUUGCCAUUAUAAAAAACUUGUUGACAAACUUCUUGCCCAUGUUUAUUGUUUUCAGUGAAAUGGCAUUUUUAUUCUAUCUUCGUAGUGAUUAAAGAAAAAUAUUAUUGUUGCCAAUUUGAAGAACAACGUGUCAUUGGCCGAUUUAGCCCUAAAAAUAAACCCUGUCCUAAACUGUUAAGCUAGGGAAUAACUUUCACUUUUCCAAUUCUAUCCUGUGCCUUUCUUAUGCUCAUUAUUUGUGUGUGUAGGCCCACUCGGUUUUCUGGGUUAUCUGGAAAUGACACUCAUUAAUAAGAUUACUUUAUCUUCUUCCAGAUAAGUUUAGAUAUUGCAUUAAUUCUAUUUCAUAAUUAUGUUGCAGUACUGUGAAAUAAUUGUACUUUUAGAUUCAUCUCAUCUCUUCAAGUAAUAAAUGAUAAAACAUGCCAGUA